AAUCAGAAUUCAGUUACUACUGCGACAUUAAACCUUUCGUGUGUGUUUUCGUAUUGUAAGCGGAUUGCGCGAAGCAUUUUACAUUGUUACAAAAAAUCAUAUAAUGCAACUCAUAUUUGUAUGAGCAUUGAAGUAUAUAAAAAAAAAACAAAAAAAAAGUAAAAUAAAGAAAAAAGACAAAAGUGUUAAAUCAAACGCAUGAUUUGGCGUGUGCGUCUACAGUAUAUUUGCUUCUAUGCAAAUUGAUAUAUGUACGUAUGUAUGUAUAUAAAUAAAUUUUCGGCAAAAUUGCUGGCCACUGCAUGCUUCCUUCUACAUAUAAACGAGCGCAACAAUUUGUGAUUUUUUGUGAAUGAAAUUUAGCACAAAUUGCUACGGUGAGUGAACACUGCAGCAUAAAUUUGUUUGAAAUUUAUUCAAAUAUAUAUUCAUAAAUAAGUGUUGUGAGACAAAGUGUUAGCAUAAACGCUAUUGAAAAAUUGAAAAUUGUUUCUGCAGCAUCAUAAACUAAUGUGUGAGACAUAAAUACGUGGGUGCAAGCAAAAAUUUCUUGUUGCUGAUAAAAAAUAAAAAAAUAAAAAUAGUUGUAUGCAGUUGUAUGUACUACACAUAGUGUUUCUUAAAAGUGCAAAAAAAAAAACAACAACAACAACAAAAAAUAAUAAUCUCAAAGGCGACGAUUUGCCCAUAAAACACAGAAGAGUUAUGAUUUUCCCAUACAACGCCUUGCUAUGAUGCAAUGUGCCAAUGUUGUUAGUGUAGUGUUAUUUUUAUUGCAUACCAGCAGCGAGCCAACGGCAAAGGUAGCGUUACUAAGACAAGUACUUGUGCAGCGUAUGACAGGCAUUUGCUGCAGCUCGGAGCAGCAGUAACAAUAAUACAAAGUAAAUAAAAAUACAACAAUAAAAACAAAAAAAUAAAAAUAAAAAAACAAAUAUAAAUAAGAAAAUAAAAGAAGGCACUCCAUACUCACCGUGUUAGUGGCGUAAAAAAGAGUAAAAGCAAAAGCAAUAAAUAUCUGUACUGCGCACCAUAAAAAGAUCAAAGAUCUCUGCAAACACAACAGCCAGCCAGCCAGACAAGCACAACACCGACAUGGCGCGCUCCAACGUCAACAAUAAUAUCUACCACCACAACAACAACAAUCAACGAAGUGAUACUUCACGGCAAUGGCACAUCCUUGCACUAUUUGCAGUGCUGUUUUGUUGUAACGCUUCACUGCCAACGGCAUUCGCUACCGUUGUGGGCAAACGCGUUGACAGCAGCAGCAGCACCGAAGCAAAUGUGGAUGCUGUGGACUCAGUUACAACAGCCGAUGCAGCCGAUGCCACCGCCUCCAUUGAAGAUGUUGAUGGCGUGUUGGCCAAGCGUUCUGCAGAAAACUUACAACUGUCGCAUGUCUUUCGACAUCAAGAACAUUAUUCGCACCGCAUUGAGCAGGCCGUGAAUGACUUGAAACGUACGCAAUUGCAGCAGCAACUCAGCGGAAAUUAUAGCAAUACAACGGAGAGCAGCGGCGUUAAUGGCGACAAUAGCGGUAUUAAUAACAACAACAACAACUACAUGCAUUACGAGUCACAAUUACAACCACGACUGUCAGAACGCUUGCGUCAUCACAAUCAGCGACAUCAUUCAUUGGCACCGGUCAGCGCUUGGGAACGUUAUAUGUUGCCACCGUUGCGCCAUCAACGCCAUCAGCAGCAAACAGCACAGCAACAAAAUCAACAGCCGGAAUAUGUGGCAGAUGCAACAAUGGUGGUAACCACGUCACCAUUAAUGCCGCUGUCAGCACCAACAGCCACUGAGGCGGCUAACGAUGGCGUUGGAACUAAUGAGCAGUCGAAUAUAUUGCCGGCCAUUAUGAGCGCGGUGAAUGGUAGCAGCGUACAGCAGCAGCCGCAGCAGCAGCAUAUAAAACCACAUCGUUACUUCGAUCGUGAUGGACUCUACCAAUCUUCCUCUUACAUCUGGACGACCAGAGGACCGAAAGUGCGCUUCGAUGCGAAUUAUUGGAAGACAAAAGAGUUUUCAAGCGGCAAACAAACUGAUAGUCAGCGAAUUUCACUCGAUCUAAAUGCAGAAGAGGAAGACGCGUCUUAUACACCAGUAGAGCAGGAGGGCCUGCAUGCUGGCGAAAGGAAGUAUAAAACUAAUGAGGCGCAAGACAAUGACAGUGAAAUUGUUAAUGACGCCAACGAUAGCAGUAGUGAUGAUUACGAUGAUUAUUCAUAUGAGGAGGACUCCACAGAGGCGGUGCAAAGCGCAAAUGAAUUUCCCAACGCCAAUAAUAUAUACGAAGGCGCACAUCGUACGGCUGUAAAACGUUAUACCAAUCCAUUUAACGAUUUACGUUUGCCACCCAAGAAGCGCGACUAUUCACCGCACCCAUAUGCAUCAAUACGCCGCCGCGCCGACCCAGCAACGGGUGCUGGUGGUGGUGGCAAUGAUGGCAAUACAUAUGCUAAUUUCGGUGUCGACACCGGUGUUGUUGACAAUGGCGAGGCGGAGUUUUCCAGCGAAAAAUGGCAGCGCAUCGAGCAGGAGCAUCAUCGCAAACAGCAAGAACAUCAGCGUCAAAUGAUGGCUUUGCGUGCGCGUCACGACGGUAAAUACCGGCCCACAGCGGCAGCUGCCACCGCAACGCCAUUGAUAAUGGCAGCAACGGCUACGCAGCAGCGUCAGCAUGAUGAUGAAGACUCUAAUAACAUCAAUUCGCAAUACUAUAUUCCCGGCACACUGACUCGUCAAAAGCAAGAGGAAUUGGGAACAAUAGCCGCUGUACAGGAAACACGACGCUCUCACGCUGUGAAACAUAAGCAUGAAAAAGCUUUGGCCGGUGAACACGUUAAGCAAAUUCUAAGCGAAGCCGCUUGUCGUGUACCACAACGACGCGUUGAACGCAUACAGCGCGACCCCUCGAAGACCUACAUGCCCCAUUGUACGGUGCUACAUCGAUGCACCGACGAGACUGGUUGUUGCCGCAGCGAACGUCAAACGUGUGCACCGAAACGCACAAAAAACGUCGAUUUAUAUUUCUAUGUCCGUAGCAUCAACGAAAAGCGUGGCACCGUCGAACGUCUGACAUUCAUUAAUCACACCGAAUGUCACUGUGUGGACAAGUCGCGACAACAGGUCGACGAAUAUCACAACAUGGCAAUGUACGAUAUGAACUACGGUGGACAGACGCUGCGCCGCGCAACGAUACUCAACUGUAAUUGUCCCAAAUUGUAUGAGAAAAUCUUGCAAGAAGAUGGUUUUUGUCGCUGCGACUGCUCGUCCGGCAAUACCGGCUGUGAUUGGCUGAAGCGUGGCAUGGAGCAUUUCUCGGUGAUCGAUCGCAAAUGCAUAACCGAGGGCCGUUGUAAGCCACCGACAUGCGAGCAUGGCAACUACAUCAAAAAGUAUGGACGCUGCCCGCGGCGCGAGGAGCAAUUGCCAGCCGCACUGACUGAGCCGGUGAUGUUGGCGACGAAUGCGCUCGCCGGCAGUGAUUAUCAUUGAAACGAAUUAUUGAGAGACAUGCAUGCAUAUGCAUGUUGCAAACAAUGAAACUAAAUCUUAAGUAUUAAUAACUUUUAAUAAUUACAAUUAAUAAUUUAUUCGAUACAUACAAAGUUAGACGAAAAAACUACUUAUGGCGGGGGAGUGAAUUGUGAGAAAAAAAAAAUGAUGGAAUUUUGAUGGCAUGUUAUUUGGCAUAUUUUGUUGGAAAUACUCAAAUGCGCUAACGUACAAUAAUAAACAGCAAAAAAAAACAAUGAAAUUUAUGCAUUAAUAAUUAAAUGUGAUUUAAAGUUUUAAAGUUAAACUCGUAUAAGUCCAAAUGAACUUUCCAAUUUUACUCAAUUACAAGCAUAUAUUAUAUAAUAAAUAUAUGUGCAUAUAUAUAUGUAUGAUUUAUACUAAAGUCUGUUGCACACUAAGGCAUUUAGUGAGUGCUUUAAACUCCCCAUCAAUUAACACUUGUAAUACUUCCAUGAAAGCAAUGGCAUGCAAUUUGCAUUGAAACUUAGACAUAUGAUUUGUGAAGACUUUUAAACAGCGAACUUUUUACUAAGUAUAUACUAUUGUACUAUGUAGUAGUGAAUUGUAGUUGACGAUAAAAAACAAAAAAAAAAAAUAUCAAUCAAAUACGCUAUUAAAUAGAAUUUAUCUAAAAUUAUUGUUAAACGUUACACAACUAAUAUUAAUAAAUACAAAAAAAAAAUUAAAUAAUUAAUUAAUAAUAGUAUUAAACCAUUAUUAGACACAUACAUACACACACAAAUUGUGCAUUUGCAUUUGUAAAGUUAAUGCGCUAGUUUUACUAUUAUUGAUAUACUGUGCGAAAAGUAAGCAAUUCCAUUGAUAUUUUGACUGCGUUAAUUUAGUUAAAUGUAACACCAUUAAAAUUAGACGAAUUUAAGCAUUUAUAUUACAUAUUUAAGUUAUUAUUAUUAACUAACACAUUUUUUGUACAUUUUUCUACUGUCUUCAAUAAUUUUUAAUUCAUAAUUAGUCACAAAAAAAUUAGUAUAUUAUUUUUAAUUUAAUUUAAUAUUAACAAAAAAUGUAUGUACAUACAUAUUUAUGAUUUUUUUUAUUUUUGUUUUAAAUAAAUAUUUAAGUUUAUUAUUUUUUUCUAGUCAAUUAUUUUAGUUAUUUUGUAUGUGUACAUUUAGUAAAUAUUUAUAAGACUAGAUUUUUUUUUUAAAUUACACAAAUCUACACAUACUGAAUAAAGAUAUAGCUAAGAUAUAUGCAAUGAAUCCAUUAAAUAUAUACUAUAUGCCCAAUUAUUGAAAGACUAGACCAGCACUAGACUGAGUGUGUAUUAAAUAGUUAGUUAGAAGAUGUACCGCAGAGUUGCAUUUGCAGUAGUCUGUUCAUAGGCAAGACUCGUUAAAAAGAUUUUAGACCAUUUCGUAUUUCAAUUCUUUACAAAAAUUCUUUCUUUUCAAUUCUUUUUCAACUUUUAGAUUUAUAACAAAAUCUUGAAACAGUAAAAAGGUCAAAUAUUGACAUUCAUAACUCGAAAGAGAAAUUGUAUUACACAAAAAAAAAUAUUUACUGUUGUGAAAUCAGUAUAAACCAUAUCAUAAACAUUAGUCGUCUUCGAUUCGCCACUUGUCUUUUGAAUUCUAUGUAAGAGAGUAUGUAAGUACCUCACUAAAGUGGUAUAAUCCCUAUGUAGCAACAUCCUUAUAUCUAUAGCAGUUAAUGCCAGUUUAUACCAGUUGUUUAUUCGAUUCGCCACUUUCCUGAUCGUUAAGUUUAAACUCGAGAGAAUAUAUACAUGACAGAUAAAUUGUAUAGUAAAAUAAUGUUUACUGUCGUAAAAUCAGUAUAAACCAUUUCAUAAACAUUAGUCGUCUUACAUUCGCCGCUUCUCUGUUAAAUUAUAUAUUAAAGAGUAUGUAAGUGCCUCACUUGAGUGGUAUAAUCAUUAUGUAGCAACAUCUUUACAACUUUGUUGGUUUAUGCCAGUUUAUACCAGUUGCUUGGUCGAUUUACCACUUCUCUGUUCACUAAAUUUGAGCUCGUUUGUCAAAAGAAAAUAAUCUCGAGAAAACAACAACAAAGUUAGACAGCGAAUAUGUGGCUACCAAAUUAAUUAAACCCUAUUCUUUUUUGUUUAUGCCAGUUUCUAUCAGUUAUACCACAUAUUUGACCGUUUCAGUACUCUCCAAUAUCUCUCCAAUAUUAAAAUCGACAUGCCACUUGAGUCAAAAUUCUUGGUAAAGUGUAAAAAUUGAGGAACUUGAGUUAUGAAGAGAAUUAUUUAGAGAUUUUAUUGACUAUAACAUAGACCUUGAAGAUCCUUUAGGAACUUAAUGCACACAUUUCUUCAUAUUUUUGACCAUUAAGCAUAAUUUUCACACUGUGACACAACUAAAAUGGGUUUUUAAUGGGUUAUUUACUCUUUGAACUAUUCAAUCAAUAUACUACACUAAUAUUAGUAUCUAUGUAUCGCGAAAAGGUAUUUUCAAUCACAGAAAGUAAUAUGAAAGACUCCAGUGUUGACUAAAUAUAAUACUUUGUCUUAAAUAAUGCUCAAUUUUAAAUGUUUAAAUAUUAAAAUUCACUUACCAUUACCAAUACAAGUGCAAUUUAAUGUUAAUAUUAUAUAAGUUCCAUAGGCGGUCCUGUAAGAAAGUUAAACAUAACAGAAAUUAGAGCAAUGUAGAACAUUUUUUUAAGACAACAGCUUCCAAAACGAUUUUAGUAAUGGCAAAAGCUUUUGAAAUUGGUUUUUUCACUUGACGUCCAUUGUUGAAACCACGGCAAAUAAGAAAAGUAAAUUAAUUUACGUUGAAUCUCAUAUACUUAGAAACUUACAACACAUAACUCCGAUUGUUCUAGAAUCUAGAUCUAAGGACUUGCUGAACCAAUAUGACCAGUUUCUGUAAAGCGUCGGACCCCAGUUGCUAGAUGAAAAUUUGUAUAUGGUUCACUGAGUAAAGUUACAUAUGUGGAUUCCUUUUACGAACACUUUUUCGACGUUUUAAAGUAAUCGUGAUUAAGUUCUAAAAACU